CCGGUCGAUCUAUAUAUUGCAAUAUCUCCACAAAGAAUCGCAAAGAUCCGAAUUCUUUUUUGUUUCUUUCAUUUCGAAAUUUCUCCUGCAUCGGCACCUCGUGGAUCAGGAUAAAACGGUUGCGAUCGCACGAAGUUCGAUUAAACGUUGCAGUGACAAUAAAAAAUGGCCGACGUACCGUCGAUACCGAAGUGGUUGGAGGGUAGAGGGAUACUCGUUACGGGAGCGACCGGUUUUGUCGGUAAAGUUUUGGUGGCUAAAUUAUUAUCGGCUUGUCCUCGAGUGGGAAAUAUUUACCUACUGGUCAGAGAGAAGAAGGGUGCCAAACCAAAUUCGAGAUUACAUGCUUUGAUUCAGCAAGAACCGUUUCGAAAAAUUCGAGAGAAUCACCCCGAACGACUGGAGAGAUUGGUCGUAAUUUCCGGCGACACGACCCACGAAGGUCUGGGUCUUUCUUCCGAGGAUAAGAAUCGCGUGACGAACGAGGUCUCCGUAAUAUUUCAUAUGGCGGCUAACGUGAGGUUCGAUCUUCCGCUGCGAGUGGCGGUCGCAUUGAAUACCAAGGGUACUGCAAAUCUGAUCGCGGUUGCGAAACAGCUUCCGAAGUUGAAAUCGCUCAUUCACGUUUCGACGGCCUACUGUCACUGUGGUCAAACAAUACUGGAAGAAAAAGCCUACCCUCCAGCUAUACUACCGGAAGAUUUGAUACCCGCGAUCGACGCAAUGUCCGACGAAACUCUUCAGAAAAUCAGAGGAAAAAUAUUGGGCGAUCAACCGAAUACUUACGCCCUGAGCAAAUGCCUAAGCGAAGACCUCAUGGUGAAUUCGGGACUUCCGGUGGGCAUCGCGAGACCUUCGAUCGUGGUCGCUUCUUGGAAAGAACCGGUGCCGGGUUACGUGGAUAAUUUGAACGGACCAACCGGAUUGGUAGUCGGUGCCGGUAAGGGUGUUAUUCGUUCGAUGCACUGCGCCGGAAACUAUCUGGCGGAUAUAAUCCCAUGCGACAUCGUGGCGAACGCUACGAUCGCGUUGAGUUGGAAAGUGGGUUUGGAAAAUCCGUGUAAACCGAUAUUUGUCAACGUGUGCGAAGGCGGACGUAAUCCGAUAACUUGGGAGUACGCGCUAAACGAAGGCAGGAAACACGUAUUCGCAAAUCCUUUCUCAGGUCCGCUCUGGUAUCCGGGUGGCAGAAUAACUUCAUCCGCAUUUCUUCAUUUGUUAGCUGUUAUUUUCCUGCACAUGAUACCCGCCUAUUUUCUGGACACCGUCAUCGCGCUCUGUGGAAAUAAACCAUUUUUGGUCAAAGUUCAGGCGAGAGUUAACGCGGGUUUAACGUUACUCCAAUAUUACACUACAAAGAAAUGGGUAUUUCUAACCGGUGGACUGGAGGAGUUACAGUCUCGAUUGUGCCCCGAUGACAGGUGCGCCUUUUUUAUGGACACCCGAGAAAUAUGCUGGAGCGAUUAUCUUCUGUCAUACGUUUUGGGCAUAAGAAAGUUCUGCCUAAAAGAUGACCCGUCCACGUUACCGAGGGCCCGACAAGUUUUCAAAUACUUAUACAUCGCCGACAGAUUUCUACGAUUGAUUUUCCUCACUUUUGUCGCAUGGUUUAUUUACUCGUGGAUUUCACCUGCCAACACGACGGCGACGUCGAUAAUAGAGAUGAAAAAUCUGUACGACUAAUUACCAUGUACGUUAAAACGUAACUUAUGUAAUUUGGAUGAAACUCUUAACUGAUUUUCACUCAAUUAUAAAUUUCAUUGUAAAAACUAUA